AUCAGCAACACCGACGGAAGCUUUGAGAAGCUCAGACUUGAGUUCACCUGUCAUUGACGACGUCACUUUGAUACAGUACAUUCAUCCAAGUUAAUCUCAAAACAAACCCUCCCUGCUCACUUAUCAGCAGCAGCAGCAGCAGCAAUCAAUAUCUCAAAGUCUUGGCAUCAAACCAUUUGAAGCAAUACAAGCAAAAUGGCCGCCAAAAAGCCAGUCAACUGGUGGCUCUGGACCAAGAUGCUACUCGGGUAUGCUUUCACCCCCUUCACCCCCUUAUUUCACCACCCCCUCGAUGAACACUCCCGAAAAAAAAGAGAUCUAACAUGCCCCUUCCUUUUCACCCAAAAAAACAGUGGAGCAGCCAUCUGCGUCGGCGGUCCCGCCUUCACCUACUGGCUCACCCCCACGGACGAGGAGCUCUUCCAGAAGUACAACCCGGAGCUGCAGAAGAGGAGUCUAGAGCGCAGGUUCGAGCGUCAGCAGGAGUUUGACGACUUUGUUACCAAGUUAAAGGAGUACUCCAAGAGUGACAAGCCGAUCUGGACGGUUCAGGCUGAGGCCGAGGAAAAGGAGAGACAGCAGCGGGCGUCGGUGCAGAAGAGUCUGGCGUUGGCGGACGAGGUGAAGGCUAGGAAAGAGGCUAUGAGGCGUGAGGCCGGUCUUCCGGUUGAGAAGUAGUGGCUGGGCUGGCACACGUUGGGGGUGGUCAUUGGACUUAAUUAGGCGCCUUGGGUUGUAUCAUUAUGGUCUGUACAAACUGUGUAUUCAUAAGAUGGGUUCUGAAGAGAAGGCGUUCAAAAGGGUCUUUGGAAAUUUAAAAAUAGAGAUGAUCAACUUUUGGUCCCGAGCCCCGUGUG